CAACAACUAUCUGGUCACGAUUAUUUCCGUUAUAAACAGUGGCACGUUAUAUUAUAUUAUUUGAUAAAGAUUUCUAAAUUACAGCAUUUAAACAAUGGAAACGUUAAAAAAUAUUCCUAAGGGAAAACCAAAGUCGGGAAGAGUUUGGAAACCGACAAAAUCGAGAUUUUCUAACAUGACGUUGAACAAGGCAUUAAAGACAUCCUGGGAAAAGAAGAUGGCAAAGAAGGCGGAACUUAAAUCUGUAAAGGAUUUUGAAAAGCAACUGAAGGAGCAAAGAAAACACGAAUUAGAGGCGCGGCGUCAGAGGGCAGAUGAGAACAAGAAAAGGAGACUAGAAAAUGAAAGAAAAGCUGAAAUUGUUCAACCAGUUAAAAACACAGCAAAAAUCAAGCGCAUGAAGAAGAAACAGUUGCGGCUGAUUCAGAAGAGAUGAGCUUUCCUUACUGAAUUGUAUGCAACAUUUGUGCUCAAUAGAAUUUGAGUUAUCAAGGGAAAUAAAUAUAUGUAGAACAAGUGUUGAUGAACGUGUAGGUUUUGUCCCAUCAUGUGCUGGACAUAGUAGACAAUAACAAAUUGCUGAUGAAGUGGUCUCUAUGUACAAGAGAAUGUUAUGAUUCUUAACUUCUCUAUAUUGAUGGUAUCAAUAAUGAAUCUGGUCUGUAUGUUUUUUAGCAGUGAUGUUUAAUUUAGUUGUAAUGUUUGAUCUAAUAAAGAGAAAACAAAUUGUUACAGUGUGAGAUAUUUUGAAGUGUAUCUUUUUUAACAAUGUCAUUUUUUGUGAACUUUGUAUUUAUUACAUAAUUCUACAAAUAAAGAGAGAACAAUAAA